GGCCAUGGGCUGCCUGCAGAGCGUCGCGUGUAAGGCGCGCGUGCGGCGCGACAACAUCGUCCUGAGCGACGUGUCCGCCACCAUCGAGCCGGGCGCCACCGCCAUCGAGGAGAGCUCGCCUGUCGUGCUGCGCUACCGCACGCCCUACUUCCGCGCCGCCGCCCGGGGCAUCAUGCCGCCCAUCCCGCGCCGCCACACCUGGGUGGUGGGCUGGGUGCAGGCCUGCAACCACAUGGAGUUCUACAACACCUACAGCGACCUGGGCAUGUCCAGCUGGGAACUUCCUGACUUGCGAGAAGGGAGAGUAAAAGCCAUCAGUGACUCUGAUGGUGUGAGCUACCCCUGGUAUGGGAACACCACGGAAACGGUGACCUUGGUUGGGCCCACUAACAAGGUCUCCCGGUUCUCAGUCAGUAUGAAUGACAAUUUUUACCCCAGCGUGACAUGGGCUGUCCCUGUGAGUGACAGCAAUGUACCACUGCUGACCAGGAUUAAGAGGGAUCAGAGCUUUACCACGUGGCUAGUAGCCAUGAAUAUGACCACCAAGGAGAAGAUCAUCCUGCAGACUAUAAAGUGGAGGAUGCGUGUGGACAUUGAAGUGGAUCCCCUGCAGCUCCUGGGGCAGCGAGCACGACUAGUGGGAAGGACUCAUCAAGAGCAGCCCCGGAUUCUGAGCCGAAUGGAACCCAUCCCGCCAAACGCACUAGUGAAACCCAAUGCCAAUGAUGCCCAAGUCCUCAUGUGGAGACCUAAACGAGGCCAACCUUUGAUAGUGAUACCUCCCAAGUAGAUGGUGUGUGGGCGUGCAUGCAUGAGGACGUCAUUGCUGUUGGUAUGGUGCAAAUGAACUGGAUUUCUGAGCCAAAGCAGACCUCUGGUGAAUGGAAACCGAGUUCCUCCUUAUUCAGAAAGAAUAUGGUACUUGAUAGUGGCCAAAGCUAUGUCACAAAAGAGGAAUUGCACAGCUGGUGGACUUCCGAUGACAUACCUGGGGGAUUCUGUACUUCCAGGGUAUUUUGGCUGGAAGAGGCUUUCUUAUCUGAAUAACUCAUAUUCCCUUGCCAUAACAUGCAAGGAAUGAGAAUAUGAUUAAACAGUGCCUGUGGCAAAUGCUGCUUCCCAACCAAUUAGAUGUAGAAAUGGAGACCAUGCACACCAGAUGUUCAUGGUCUCCCAGUUCGAUCCUACUGUCUGACCGAUGGGGCGGGGUGUUACCACGUUUUUAUACCUAUGCAGUUUUGAUUGAUAAUCAAAUGAUCACCUUGCUCAUUGGAACUAAAAGAAUGUUUACAAAGGGGGGAGGGGGGAAUAACAACCCAUACCAUCUGUUCCACUUAGCUACAGACAAGCUCUGAGUCCACAAGGAACUGUCCAAGGUGCUGAACUGAAGAACAAUGUGAACUACCUUCCUCUUCCCAAGAAUAAUUUCUUCAAACAGAUUGAAUUAAGAAAUUUUGCAUGCAUCUCAGUGUGUUUCAAGUAGUUGUGAAUGUAGGAGCUGCCAUAGGUCUUUCCAUCCUUUGAGUGAAAUCCAAGGGAAAUCUAGAUGUAAUUUAGUUCUAAGAUACACUAAUCUUUCCUGGCCCUCCAUUUCCCUCUCCCUCAAGCCCUUUUUUUAAAGAAGCAAAAAUAAUUCUCAGUAAAAUGACAAAUUAUGAGCAAUGUCUGUUCACCCAGCAAAGGGAGAACCAGGGAGAUGUUGACUGUUUGCAUGAUGUCCAAAAGGCUUGGACGUCCUCCAGGAUUCAAAUACAUAAGUCCAUUGCAAGAAGCUGGGGUUCUUGCUCGUUUUCCAUAUGAAUAGCUGUUCAUGUGGAAAGCCACAUCCCUAACUGCCUGCAGAGCAGCAUAAAUAAAGGUCUGCACACAGCGUGCUUCCAGGCCCCAGGGCCUGCCUUUGGAGCCAUGGCACUAGGCCAUGGGGACUGCCUGUGUGUCUGUUCGCUGGGGCAAAGGGAAGCGUUUGCACCACCUUCAAGGGGAAAGGAUAGUUGUUCAUGAAAACUCCUCUGAGGUGUCCCCUCCUGCAGCAACAAAACAGUAGCUUCCGAGAAGGAUGGUUAGACGUGCACGUCUGUGAGUGAAAUGCUCCUCUAGCCAGGCACCAGUGCAUGGCUGAAUCUGUCCGGGGAAGGUGCGGGGCUGUUCUCUUUGGGAAUAAGCCUGAGCUUCACUCUCUGAUGAGGAUGUUUGGGGGUGGGGGGUAACAGGAUCUUUGCUUUUUAAGGGCCAUCACCACUGGGAGUUUCUUCAGCACCUGACUCAAUGGCAUCCCAGUUGGUUGCUGUGAAGGUGAUGGUGAUGUCAUGACCGGAGUGGGGAGAAAUGCUGUGGGUCAUAAACUCAUGGAGUUUCCUACUCGUUCUUCCUCUCGGGGUGUGAUGCACCUCUCCUCUCCCUAUCUCUGUCCUCCAGCAGGUUCAUCAUGUUAGGCUGUCUUGGAGGAUAUGCAGAAGGAAAAGGGUGUCUGCAUUCCUGCUGGCCCCUGGACAGCAUUGCUGCCCCAGGAGCCUUGUCAGGGAAGAGCCAUAGCUCAGAGUGGGAGCCGUGCAAGGGAUUAUAGUCAUAACUUGUGCUGUUUUCCCCCAUGCAUACUGACUGGCUCUUUCAUCUGGGCCCUCCAGUGUAGGGGAGCUGGCUGCCUGGUGGGUGGAGGUAUUCCAGCAAGGAACAGAAGUAGCAGUGCUACCACCUUCUGCGCACAGAUGCAGAGGGCAGGGAAGUCAGGUAGAGAAGAAGGUGCAAAGUCUUAAAAGCAAAGCUUCUGGUUUUCCCAUCUCAGUCACCAGGAAACAAAACAAACAAGCAAAAAAAAAAGAGAAAUGCAGAAAAUGUGUGGUUUAUAAACAGAAUGUGCUUUACCAUUUUAAGGCACUGCUAACUACUCAGCCCAGUGUGACUAAGAGAUGAUCUAUAGCAUUUUUACCCAGCUACUAAUUUAAAAGAUAUCUCUGCGGGAUGUCCAGGGACUCCCUUAGUAUUGACUCCAAUCCAGAGGAACUCUUAUCGAGUCCUAGAUAUUGUGAAAUGAUACUGAUUCAUUCUGCAUGGAAACUGCUGUAUCUGCCCUUCCAGCAUGAGCCCAGUGACUUCUUGAAACCUUGGAUUAUUGCUCUGAAAAGCAGUUAAUCUCUCAGUAAUAGGAAGAUAAAGUUUCUGUUAUGUGAAUUUAGGCUUCUGAACAAAGAAACCACUCAUCAUAAUUCCACGGUUCAAAGAUCUCCAUUAUGCCUGCCUUCAUUCAGAGCAUCUCCUACUGAACACCAUUCAUGUGCUGUGUGUGUUAGUGUACAUGGUGGUAGGUUCUCCUGACAGUUUUGUAGAAAACCCUUGUUACAGUAUUAGCCCUGCUUUUCUGAGCUUGAUUUUUAAGCUGAUUUCAGUGGUGAUUUCACUGCUUUGAAAUCCAGGGCUCCGCUCUCCUUUUUACGGAGUUGAUGUUUUGCUGCAUUUUCCCCACUUUGCUUAUGAGCCUCAUGCUUUUUGCGUCAUAGGGGUCAUACAGGACCUCCAUAGGUGCACUUGGGUGUCUGGUACGUUCAGGGCUUCUGUGGUCUCUGUGCAGGCUAAGCCCCCUUUGAGAUCACUGGGAACAGUACCUGCCCAAUGAUGCCAGGGUCUUUUGAGCAAACCUCUCUGGAAUUUGAAUCUUAUGACCAGGGUACAGAGUAGCUACUGAGGACCCACAGAGGAGAUGAAGUGCGUGUGAACUGAAAUCUGUUGGGGAGGUUUCUUCUUCACCCCAGGAAAGGUCUCUCUGUGCUGUGUCCCCCUGCCCUGGACACCUUGGCCUUCAGCAGAGCUGCUCUGAGUAGAAUCAGCGGAAAGAGCGCUGCAGUGUCAUGCAUCCGUUAAUGCCAUCCCAGUCAGCCUUAAUUCACACAGAGUCACCAGCUUGCCUCAGCUGCCCUGCAUCCCUGUGGCUCCUGUGUACCUCCUAUAGCCUAUCUCCAUCCUUGGGUGGUGCACCGGCAGCCUUUCUCUGCCCAUCCCUUGGUAGCACCUGCAGAUACACAGGACUGCCAGGUUUCCACAGGGUGAGUUUGAGAACUCCAUGCUGUCACCAGUUCAUGGGCCCCCGCAGGCACAGGCAUGGCCUCCCUGCUCAGGGCAGAUCCUUCAAAGCUGCUGAAUUUUCCCCAGACCUUCAGCUCUCUGGUGCGGCUUUCAGGCAGCUGGAGUGCAUGACACUAUGCCCUUAAAACUGGCAUGGAGAAGUAGGUUGUUUUCCAAGCUCUACCCCACACCUAUUAUAUGCAGCUAGUAGACUCUGGUCUUACCCCUCACACCACUGUAGACCAAAAAUCCCAUGUUCUUGUCUCUCUAUUUAUUAUUCUCAGUAAUAUUUGUUGUUAGUUAUUGAUUUCUUAUCCUUUUGUACACCAGAAAUGUUGAAUUCAAAAUUCAUUUUCAGCUGUGGUGGCCUAGUUUACAGCCUCUGAAAGCAACCUACUUAUUUAGGUGCCUAAAUAUGGAGGUAGCUGUCUAAGAGCUUGCUGAAAUUUUUCAUACAAAAGUUUUUCAGGGAAAAAUUGGCUUUUUUUUAUGAUGAAACUUGACAUGGAAAAAUUGUUGGCAUGAUCAGAAUUUUCCAUUUUUUGACAUUUUUUGUGUCUUAUUUACAUUUUAAUUGGAAUGUUAUCAAAAUAUUUUUUAAAUCAUUGUUGAUAUUUAAAAUGUAGUUUUUAAAACAUGGAAAAUUUUCAAACCAAUUUUGGUUAAAAACAAACAAAAAACCCCAAAACUCAAAUGUUGAGAAAAAUGGAAAUGGGAUGUGUUUCUGACUCUGUGAAGUGGAAACAACGUCAGCAUUUUUCACAAAAUACAUUUCCCAUUUCUCAGUCAGUUCUAGUGUCCAAGUUUGGAAAAUUUUAGCCUGAAGUUAUAAGGUUUGGGGCCAGAGGCUCAGCUGUUGUAAAGGUGAGACUCUGGAGCUACAUCUGUUUGGUGCUGGAUCCCGCCCCUGAAUCCGUUCUCAUUCCAAACUCUCUCGACUCUACAGAUUUUGCUCUGCCCCUCAUUUUGGGCUUCCUGCCCAAUCAUUUUAAAGUUCAUGUCCUGCAUUUUGGUCUGGAAGAUUGAGACUGGAACCACAAUUUGGGCAACCAUUGCUCCCCAUUUUAAGGAGAAACCCACAAUACCACCCAGCUUCUCAGAAUUGCUAAAAGGCCAGAGGAAUGCAAUCGCUAAUGAAAUCAGUGUUGUGGGAGUGGAUUUAAAAUGCAAGCCUUUAGAGGAAUUCUGGGAGAGCAGUAGUUGCACAGCUGGAAUCUGACAGCUGAGAGAUUUGGAAUCUGUUGUUCUCGAGCUAAUAUCCCUGACACAAAAGCUGUGAGGUGAAGCUGGUUAAACCUGUUGCUUGUGGAAAUGACUUUGCCAAGCAUAUGUGAAAGCAGAAAUAGCCUCAGAGGCAGAGGGGCCAGUGAGGCAUUUUGAUCUUGCUGGGGUUGCAUGGGUUUAUUGAAAUGGAACAAAACCAAUGUCAGACUCUAUGCUCAGUGCACAAAGAUGUGAAUGCACCUGCACCUCUGAGCUAAAAAGAUGGUUAAUCAAAGCCAUGGAAGCAGCUGAAAUACCACAUUCAUCAAGAGCUUUCUUGGAUAGGAAAGAAAAGAAGUUAGUUAGCUCAGAGAGAUGCUGUUAACUUCACUGCAGGGACAUUAGUGCCCAUAAGUUCUUCAGGGUCUGUAGGCCCCACUGAGCCUGUGCCCUCCGUGGAAAAUCUCCUGUUAAAAGACAGGUUUUCACAAGAGCUGAGCACCCUCGCAGCUCCUGUCGUGCUCAGUUUGUGUUUUCCUGUGGAGGACUUUCCAAUUGUUCCUAACAGGAGCUGCUGGAUGAUCUGGAACAUUGGCUCCCAAAUGUUUAAGUAUGGUGGCUCCCUGACAGAUAUGUUAAGGCUUGAUGGCACCCCACCAGUGAAGACAGUUGCUUUUCCCAACUCAGGACACCAGAUGCAAAGGGGACAUCAGAGUUAGGAUGGUUUUGUGACUUUAUUCAAUUCUAUACAAUUUGUUAAUGAUCUAAUCAGAUUUAAUCUGGGGGUUUUAAACUAUAACUGGAAACUACGGUUUUUGGGGUGUGUUGGGACAGAGUCUGAGCUUGUUGUGAGACGAGCAGGCCUGUUUCGAAUGGCAGAGCUGCGCACUGUUUGGUUGAAUCUCUAAUAGCACCAGACGUAAGUUGUUUUUGAAGUUUAAAUGAUUUCUGUUUGGGUUUCACAGGAGCCAUUGCUGAAAACCCUGGCUCUGAGAUCCCUGGAAGUGAUUCAGGGAUUCCUGGCUUGUUAGAUUUGAAAACUUGUUCUUCAGUGCAUGAUCACUUGACAGUUUUAAGAUGCACCUGUCUCUCUAUCAACCCCCUUCCCCUCUCUGCUGCUACCAGAGCUGGAGGCCUCUCUUUGUCCUCUGCACCAGCAGGGCCUCUCAGCUGAGAGGCUUCCAGCUGCCUGCUUCCCCAGCAAGGAGUCUCUCAGCUGAAGGCCCCCUGCCGGAGUGGAGUGCACAGAGAGGCCACCAGCAGCAGCAUAAGACACAGACCCGUAAAUAAAAAACUGGUGAUUUUUAAGCCUAGCUUAAUAGUCUUUUAAUUAGAAAAACAAAAACUGGCUUAACAAUUACAUUUUCCCCCAGACAUUCAUGGCUCCAUCAUGAACCCCAAAGGAUCCCUGGCUCACAGUUUGGGAAGCACUGGUCUGGAAAACCUGGGCCCAGCUGUGGGCGCUUGGCCCAUUUGUUAGGAGCACUUGUGGCCAAAUGGCUAAGUUUGAGGUUGGCAUCUGGUUUACAUUGCCCAGCCCUAGUGCUUCGUUUACUUUGCUCCUGCCAAUCCCUGGGCUUGUUUAGGGUUGCCUGGUGGAGCAGAUCUGGGUGCUGUCAGAUAGCUUUGGAAAAGCCCUGUGGGGAAUAUGGCCAGUGAUUGGCGCUCGGUUCUUAGCUCUUUUUAGGAAGGGGCCUUGUGAAGAAAAAGGUUCCUGUGCAUUCUCUGUUUGGGAGAGGCAGCCUCUCCUAGCUGGGCUCCCCAUUAGCCAUCCAGCCAUGCCCACCGCUCCUCUUCUGAGUCAGCUGCUAUUGUUUAGCAUUGCAGCUGCAGGGAACGAUCAUGGCCAGAUACAGUUUACAGCUCUGAUCUCUGCUGCUCCUAGGGUUUGAAGACACUUCAGCACUUGCCAUAUUGAAAACACAGAGGGAUAAACCCUGGCCCCAUUGAACUCCAUGAGAGUUUUGGCAGUUGACUUUAACGGAGCCAGGAUUUCACCCUAAAACUUUAAUGAUCACAGGUCCCCCGCUAAGCCUGGUCUCACAAGAGUGGUGUAAGGUAGCAGAAAUCUUGCCCUGGUACGGGGAAGAGAAUGCUGAUCGAUUCUAUUAACUUAUUUAUUCAGCUGCUUAUUUUUUUAGAGUGGGUUUUCGCUGAGCUUCUAGUAUACAUGUAAAUUAAGGACCGCAUGCUCCAGUUGGAAUGGGCACAACUGCACAGGGUCUUGACUGUAGAACCUAGGAGAGAGACUGAGGCCAGGUCUACACUGCAGAGUUAGGUUGAGGUGAGGCAGCUUAUGUCGAUCUAAUUAUGUCAGUGUCAGUUUAAAAUGUCACUACAGCCUUGCUCCUGGAGAUGUAAGUACCCUAAUACACUGACAUAGUAACUCCACCUCUACAAGAGGCGCAGGACGUACGUUGGUGUAGUUAGGGUGGGACAUUGCGUUACUUACAUUGGCUGUUGGUUGUCAUUCUUAUCAAUUUCACAGCUCCUGGGCUCACAGCUGGAGCCCCCGCCCUGCACUCUGGGGUUGACAGCCCCAGCUGUGGGCCCCUUGCAGGACUCAAUUUCACAGCUUGGAGCCUACCAGCCUAUCUUGUCAAUUUCACAGCUUCAGCUGUGAGCCCUGCUGCUGCUCUGAGCCUGAGGGAGCCAUGAAAUUGACAAAAAGGCUGGUAGGCUCCCUGCUGUGAACCCGGUGCCAGGCUCACAACUCAGGCUGUCACCUCAGAGUGGGUGAAGGGCUCCAGCUGUGAGCCCAGCUGCUGCCUGGGUUCUCCGCUCCCUAUUCCCCAAGCUGGGCUCCCAGGUCCCCAGUGUGGAGCUCCAUGUGGAGCUGAGAGUCUGGGCUCUCAGCCUGCCACACUGCCCCUCUUACAUAGGUGCAUGCACUCCUGGUGAGGACGCUCACCACUGACAAGAGGGUAGCGUGGACAUGAGAAACCACAGUAAUUACCAUUGUGGCUAGAAGUUGACCUAAGAUAGGUUUAGUUUAUUGUGUAGUGUAGACAAGCCCUGAUUCCCCAGUAUUGUGUGUCUAGCUUUAAAGUCCCACGAGAUAUCACCCCAUUCAGUCAGAAAAGUAUCAGUAUUUUGACUGAGCAGGGCAAAAAGCCACCUUUGCAAUUUCCUUCUCUGCAAGCAAGGGAGGAAUCUGGAGGACGUUGCACUCUCAUUGUAGCACAUUGGGGGAAUUGGAAACAGACCUUGCCGUUAUAGGCCUGCGUGAAUGCUGCAGUGUCCACUCUGCAAGGAGUUACAGCUGCAAACCGUGGUGCUCUCACUUUGCCACUUUAUGUAUAGUUCCCUUCCCCCUCCUAAAGACCGGCUGCUUUCCCAUUUUUGAUUAAUGGAUUUUAUUAUUUAAUUAGGUUUGAUUUAUAGAUUGACCCCAUCAGACAUUCCCAGGGUGUAUUUACAUAGUGAAGCAUAAUUACUUAACCUCUGAUUUGCUGAGUUAUUGGGAUCCAUGUAGCUCCAUUGACAUCAGUGGCAUUGACUAACUUAUACCAACUGGGGUUCGGUUCCAUGAUGAUUCUCAUUCCUCAAGCUUCCCCCCCAGGGGUCAUUUUGCUCUAGUUUCUGCAAAAUGUAAAGGGCAGCGACUCAAUAAAUGGCUGGGUUUUUUGGUUAAUUUUAAUGUUUAUGAAAAUCAGAACUGAACUGUCCAGAUACAGGUACAAUGUCAGUGUCCCCUGCGCUCUGUUCCACGGUUGUACCUCAGUGCUGACCUGAACCACUGCCGUCUGGCCCAAUACUGGGUACCAUCCCCCUAGUGUAUCACCACUACUGCUCUCUAACGUGCUAGGCCCCUGCCUGUUCCCUCCGUAGGCCUUUCCAAAGCAGCAGUUUCCAGUCGUGAGCAAUUGUGUGGUAUGAUGUGGACAAAUGUCCAUUGCGCACCAAGAGUUGAGGCCCAGCACUAUAGCUUUGCUUGUGACCAAAGACUAAUUUGAAACCAGGUCUUCAGGGGAGGGAGUCUGGUGCAGCAGCUCCCUCUAUCAUGGUGGCUUCUGUUUGGUCUCUGCUAAGUAGGAAGAUUUAUGCAAAAUUUGGAAGGAGCCAGUCUUCAGAGAGUGGGCUAAGGAGUAGACACAUCUGCCAUCCAUUAAACAUUAUAAUUAAGGCUAAGAUUUAGUCUUAGCAAAAGUCAUGGUCAGGUCAUGGUCAAUAAACAAAAAUUCACGGCCCCUGACCUCUCCAUGACUUGUACUAUACCCCUGACUAAAUCUUUGGUGUGAUGGAAGGUUCUGGGGGUGCAGCUGCUACUCUGGAGUGGGGACUCUGGGGCACCUGCUGGUACUGAAGGGAGGCUGGUGGGUGGGGGGGCUGCCUGGAACCACGUCAGCCACUGCUGGCGGAGGGUGGCCCGGGACCAUCACCGCUGCUGCUGGCGGGGGCCUGUGACCGCUGCACUACUGCUGGCGGGGGGGGGGCGCGCCCAGGACCGCCACUGUUGGUGGGGGGGGGCAGUGAGGCUGGCCCUGGGGCCGCCUGAGCUGCUUGGGAGGCCCUGGGGUCAGUCGCACCUGCCGCUUGCAGAAGUCAUGGAGAUCCUGGAAAGUCACAGAAGCCUUAAUUAUAAUUACUGAGACCCUUAAAGAGAAAUACCAACCCCCAUCCCUGGAACCUUUUGUUUUUACUUGAAACUCUCCGAGUAUUCCAGAGCUCUGCACAUCCAUCAGGAAAAGCACUUCUCGAGAGAGCCCCUCACGCAGGGAAAUGAAGGGAAAAAGGCAGCUUUCACUGUGGUGCCCUUUGUGGAAAGCGGGAUAUUUCUUAUAAAACGAUUUUGAAAAGCUUAUGAAAGUUUUGCACUAAGCCACUACAGCAAACCUUAACAGAGAACCAGGGUCACAGGCAGAGAGUGAAAUACUUUUUUCGCUGGGCUUUACACACCAACUUUGUGAGUUUUUGUGCAUGGCACAUAUGGAACCUGUGUAAGCAAUAAUGCAUGUCCCCUUAUCCAUAUCAAUCCCCUCAUCCCCGCAGUGUGUUGUGAGGUUGCAAGUGUUUGGCAUGACUGCUCCUGCUGGAGUUCUUAUUAAGAGGUUAAUGGCUAGGUCCUGUUCCUGCCUAGUCACGUCUUCAUCAGCCAAUCAUCUUGCUCUUUUAGAACAGCUUUCUGGGUUAAGCCCAAGGGCGGGGAUUUGAGAGACCUGGGAUUUGUUCCCAGCUCAGUGGCAAAUCACUUAAUUUUCCAUAGUUUCCCCAUUUGCAGUAGGGGGAUAACAGUAUUCCUGGGGCUUGUAGGGCUACAUUGUGAGAAUAAAUUCAUUUGUACGGUACUGCUUUGAAUUCUGUGGAUGGAAGAUGCUUUGCAAGUGCAAAAUGUUAGGAUAAUAACCAUUUUAUUGAUACGUUCAUGUAUGUUUCUUAAGGUUCUCUAUCAUUGGUUUUUCUAUCGCGUCCAUCACCAUGUUAUCUAAGCAUCACACAACAAAAAUAUUAAAGCAAACAAGAUCAGGUUGCAGGGAGCGAUCUAGCUACCAACGGAUCCAAAUCAGUGACAACAAACAGCUACAUAAUUCAUAUAGUACUCCUGAGCAGAUUAGAGAAUAUUUAUCUGGUGCAAUCCAGCCCCUCCUGCAUCUCAUCUCAUCUCAAGCGGAGACGUUUCCUGCUUUGUCAUUGUCUUGAGCCAAACAGUGUAUACAGAACCAUUGCAGAGUCAUGUUUCAGGUGCAUCUGUGUUGCACGUUCAGGACAAGGGAUACUUGGUAGUUUGUCUCAGCAGACACUGCUGGGUGGGCAUACGGAUGGGUUUGAUAUAGAUAUCACACUUUCUGCAUGGUCAGACAUUUUAGACUGGCUGCUAGUACAGCUCUGCCUUUUACCUGAGAUAUUUUUGAAAUCCCAUUGGGGGAAGAUAAUUUUCUUUUCACUCAGCAGAGAGGGUCUGGAUUCACACUGGGAUCUCUCAGAUGGGUCUUUAUUACAGUACAGUAGAAGAAGAGCCAGAUCAGAAUGGGCAUGAGAUACGUAGAGUUAGAUAAUUACUAAGUUUCUGAUCCGGAGCCCGUUGAAGUCUGUGGGGGUCUUUCCAUUGACUUCAGUCGGAUGUACAUCAGGCCCUAAGCAGUGAGCAUGCACGGAGGCACAGGCUGUAAUCAGCAAAGCCCCCAGAGAUGGAAUAUCACCAGAUCAGAGCAUUUCCUGUUGGAAACUCUUGGUUUCCUUUCUACUGCCCGUUCUUGUAGCCAGCAUCUCGUAUCUCAGGGAAGGAUAGGGGGAUCUAGUUCUCAGAAAUAGGAACCUGCAAACUUCCUCCCAUUGCUAGAACCAAACCGGAAUGCCGGGACUUUCGGAAGGGUCUCAGGUGUUGGGUUACCCUUCCUCCCCUCUGACAUUUCAUGUUCACAGCCGUGCCUCUGCUUCACUGAGUUCCACUGGCUGCAUCAGUUAUGCCCCCAAAAGCUGCUCUCGCAGCAGGCUCACAGCCAGAAGCCAGAGGAGCUGUAAGCCUCACAAGAGAAUCUGUUCUCAUGACAUGUCCAGGCAGAUUUUGCUGACCCAGGGUGGGGGAUUAGAAGAAGCAUCUGAUUCAGCCAUCACCAACCAAACGCAACAUGCCUGCAUGAGACCGCUUUGAGUCACACUGUGGCAGCUGUGCACCCUAAAUCCUUAGACACUAUGCACAAGGUAUUGCCUUUAUGCUCUAGAGGAGUUUUCAUAAAAAGUGCACGCGUGUGUGUUCUGUAAUGUCGGGAUAUAUAUUUGUGGGUGUGUCUCACACAGCGAAACCCUCCUGUAGGAAUGCACUUGCUUUCUGAAAAGCAAACCAACCCUUCGCCAGAAUUGCAUUUGAAAAAAUUUGGGACUUUCCAGUGUAACUGUAAGCUGCUUCCACUUUAUGUAUGUAUGUAUUUAUGUAUGUGUGUGUGUGUAUUUAUUUAUUUAUUUAUUUAUUUAUUUGCAUUUUACUUUUGUAAACCACCAGCCCAUUGAAAGGCCUCUGGGCCCUGUGUGAGUUUGAAAAAAACCCUUCUUUUAGGGAAAAUGUGUGUUUGGCUGCAGUCGACAGCAAUCCGGACACACUUGCCCAGAGUUACCCAAUUCCCACACCCUUAGCAUUGACUUCACCUGGCCCCAAUCUUCCCUGUACAACAACAUGAUAAAACACGGUGAACAAAAAUCAGGUAAACCCCAAUGCAAAAUAAAACCCCAGGAUCCUCCUCCUAGAAACCUGGGAGCAGUUGGCUACUCUGAUCCUUUCUCCAUUUCUUAUUUGUUUAUUGCCGCUAUCUUCCUUUAUUGUUGUUUUUUUUCCCCCCUUUUUGACUCAUGCUGUAUUUGAUGUUGCCAAUUUCCGGAGAUGAUGAUAAGAGCAGGAGCAUGUGGGUGUUACUUUGGAGAAAAGAAAAAAAAAUCGGGUAUUCUGCUGCAGCGUUGGGAAAAUCAGAAGGAAGAAAAGACGAAAGCUGGUUUUGCAGAGUGCCUUAAACAAAAAUGACUUUAACGAGUAGGGGGGUCUGACUCUUCUGUCUUUGGAUGUUGUUAAAAACUCAAACAGAUGUUGCAUUUCACUUCUCUGGGAUUAAAAAAACAGUUCAGUA